AUGGAGACUGCUAUCGAAAAAGGAAUAGUGGGAUUCGGAUCGAGCUGGGCAGUAGAGAGUGGUAAUCGCAUACUCUUGUCUCCACGUGCAUCAUGUCGUUUACCACCGUCACGUCCUUCUCCUUGUGAAAAGGAUCCUAGUCUCAGACGACGGGCAGAAGAUUAUUGUCAUUUUAUCAACAGCACUUCUGGCCCAUAUUUAGACUGUCACGGUGUUAUCGAUGCUAGCGACUACUACCGUUUUUGCCUUGACGACGUUUGUGCUAACAAUGACAUUUGUCGUAACCCUUGUCAAUCCAUUCGAGCGUACGAAGAUAUAUGCCGCAGUCGAGGUCGAGUGAUUGGCACAUUCAUUGAUAAAUCUUGCAAUAAUGGAGCUACCUGCUCGGCCUGGGGUGAUCCACAUUACACAACAUUUGACGGCAUUCGCCAUCAUUUUCAAGGACAGUGUGAAUACGUAUUCGUGCAAGAUUGUUUGCGAAAUGAUUUUGCUGUACACGUUCAGAACGGACACAAGAGAGGCGACUCAGAUUGCUUGCCAAAUAAUUUUGGCGUAAAAGUCCAGAACGAACACAGAAGAGAAAUUGGAGACGUCACGUGGACGAAAGCGGUAGCGGUGAAGAUCAGAAAUAGCAGCGUUAUUCAAAUAAAACGCGGCAACAAAGUCAUAAUAAACUCUCACAAAGUCAGAUCGUUUCCUCAUCGUGUUUCGGGCGACGGAACGAUCGUUCGUCGGACUGCAGAAGGAGUGGAAGUGCACAUAGCUUCGAGUGAUGUGGUGGUAACAUUUGAUGGCAAACACAGGAUAGCAGUGAGAGUACCAAAGUCGUACCUCAAUAGAACGUGUGGCUUAUGCGGUAUCUACGACAACGAUCCAGCAAAUGACAUGUCGCUUAGAAACGGAAGUAUUGUCGUUCCGAGUAAUCCAGACAUUUCUUACUCUUCCGUCUCACAAUCUGCUUAUCACGAACUUGGAGUGAGUUGGGCUGUGGAAGGCAAAGAUCGAUUAUUGCUUCCUUCCGAUGAUUUAUGUAACGACACUAAACCAGAAUUCCCUAUAUGCGAUGAAGCCGAUCAAUCUAAAGCUGAGGAGUAUUGUGCAGAAAUCAAAUCUCCAAGGUAUUCCAAAUGCCAUUCUAUUGUAGAUGCACAAGUUUACUUCGAUUCUUGCGUCUUGGACAUUUGUGGCUGUAAUGGAGAUACCGGUUGUGGUUGCGAUUCUAUUAAAGAGUAUGAAAGCAAGUGUCGUGAUCGUGGCGUCACAGGCUUCUCAUCAGUUGUCGAUGAAUGUGGCGUCUGUUACGGAAACGGUUCCUGUUGUGGAGACGCUACCUGUGACGUGUACGGAGAUCCUCACUAUAGAACGUUUGAUGAUAGUCUUUACCAUUUUCAAGGACAUUGUGAAUACGUCCUUACUGAAGACUGUCAACAUGAAGAUUUUCAAAUUACAGUGCAAAACGAACAUCGACACGGAAACAAUCUCGUCUCGUAUGUGCGAUCUGUAGCCAUCAAGAUACACAGAGUAGCCAUCAUCAAACUUCUUUUGAAUAAAGUUACGGUUGUCAACAAUGUGCAGUUGACAGAAAAUCAACUGCCGUUUACCAUUGGAGUCGAUGGGACUGUUAUAGAAAGAACACGAGAUGAGACCGAUGUGUGGAUUAAAGUAACGUUGUCCAGUUCUCGAGUCAGAGUAUUUUGGAACGGAAAGAACAAAGUCAAAAUUGUAGCACCCGACCAUUAUAAGAAUCGUCUUUGUGGGCUAUGUGGUACGUUUGAUGGCAACAAAUCAAAUGAUUUGACAUUACGCAAUGGUACGGUACUGCAACCGACCGGUCUAACAGACACUAGCGAUGAUUAUUCUACGAUCAAAGAAUAUCAUCAGUUUGGUGUGGAUUGGACCAUUUCCAAAGCAAACAGACUGCUGAUACCGCAAAAUGAAUCGUGUGAAGAUGGACCUCAACCUCCAGAUCCUUGUAAUGUCGCUGUCAGAGACGAAGCACAUAGCUAUUGCAAGGUAAUUAUAAAUAGAAAGAGAUACGGAGUUUGCCACCAAUUCGUAAACGCCAAAGAGUAUUACAUGACUUGCAUGUAUGACACUUGUUCAUGCCUCAGCGACGGCAUUCAUUCGUGUUAUUGCACUUCAGUGGAUGCAUUUGAACAAGCCUGUCGUAAAGUGGGAGUUACUCAUUUCAACGCCAUGGUUAAUGAAUGUGGGCAGUGCAAUGGUACUUGCCCUCCUCCACCUAACGCACCAUCCUGUAAAGCGUCGAUCGGUCAUGUGUACACUUUUCAAAAGGAUUCACAUGACAAUGAAGGAAAUUGUGAGUAUACACUCUUGCGAGAUUGUGAGAAAGACGAAUUCUCCGUACACUAUCUCAACAGAAAUAGAUAUCAAACAAAGUUAUCUCAAGAACAGGCACUAUUAGCCAUUCGUGUAUCAGGAGGGGCCAUUACCAAAGUGUGGAGAAAUUCUACAGUCCAAGUGAACGGUCGUACUCCCUAUUCCUUUCCUUACAAGAUCGAUGGAGGACUCGUGACAAAAUCUGGUCCCGUCGUCAAAGUAAUCAUCGCAAGUUCUGACGUACAAGUCAUUUGGGAUGGACUCUCGGCGACGGUCAAUGUAACCGUACCAUUCAAUUACUACAACCGAACGCGAGGAUUGUGCAGCAGUUUGAACGAGAACUAUUUAUUUUGUAGUACCCGCACUGUGAAGAAGGAAGACAGAUUGUUGUUGUCUUCUCAAGAUACCUGCAGUCCCCCAUCAAACUGCUCAAGCAAUUCAUUGAAGUCGGCUUUGGACUACUGCAACGUCCUAACUCAAGACGGUCAACGAUACGGUGCUUGUCAUUCCGUCCUCGAUCCAACUGAAUACUACAACUUGUGUAUCAAACAGAUUUGCGAUUGCAACGGCAAUAAAAGUUGUGGUUGUUCUGCUAUCAAGGCCUACGAAUCCCAAUGCAGAAAUGUUGCAGGAAACGAUGUUCGUGUUGGUACAAUUGUGGAUGAAUGUGGAGAAUGCUACGGCGACGGCAAAAGUUGCAAAUACGCUAAUUGUACGAUAUUUAGCACACCAAUGGGGUCGAUCACCAGAGCAAAUCAGGAAUAUAUAACAUUCGAUUGUCUCGUUCAUCGAUUCCAAGGAUCGUGUGAAUACGUCUUGGCACGUGACUGUACAGGAGGUCUCUUUGACAUUCACAUCGAAAAUACCUCUCCUUUCCCGAAUGCCAUUGGCUCUGCGUGGACAAAAGCCGUCGCCAUUCGUGCAGCUGGACUCGGAGUGAUUAAAAUAUUUGUCUCUCUUCACAAGCCAAUAGUGUAUUUGAACGACGAACGUCUGUCUUGGCCAUCAACAACAUCAGCAAUCGAUGGUUCACAAAUUCUCCUCUUUUCUGAAGUAUUCGAAGACAGAGUAGAAAUUCAUUUGGCACGAACAAAAGUCAAAGUAUUUGUGCUAAAUCGACAUCAAACGAUCUUACUUUGCCAAAUGGAAAAUUUCUAA